GCGCAUGCUCCCAGCUGCCCCGCACCAACAUGGCCGCCGCCUCCCCGUGAGCGCCGCAGCCGCGAGCCAGCCGUUGCUGGGCAUGCUCCCUGAGUGCCCCGCACCAGCAUGGCGGUCGUCUUCACGGGGGUGAUUUCAACUCUCGGUUUUCUGUUAUAGCCGGCUGGUCCUCCUUUCUCUUCAGAAAGCUCUGAGCGCCUGGUGGAGCCGGGGAAAGGGAGGGGGUGCGGGGGUGAAAGGUGAGAGGGGACCGCAGGCAUUCGGGCCGGCUCCUGGCGGGAGGAAGAUGGCUGAGGGCGAGCGGCACUCGCCGCCAGAUUCUUCGGAGGAUAUCCCUCCAGCCACUCAGAACUUCAUCAUUCCAAAAAAGGAGAUCCACACAGUUCCAGACAUGGGCAAAUGGAAGCGUUCUCAGGCAUACGCUGACUACAUCGGAUUCAUCCUCACGCUCAACGAAGGUGUGAAGGGGAAGAAGCUGACCUUCGAGUACAAAGUCUCUGAGGCCAUUGAGAAACUGGUCACCCUUCUCAACACGCUGGACAGGUGGAUUGAUGAGACCCCUCCGGUGGACCAGCCCUCUCGAUUUGGGAACAAGGCCUACAGGACCUGGUAUGCCAAACUUGACGAGGAAGCAGAAAACUUGGUGGCCACAGUGGUCCCCACCCAUCUGGCAGCUGCCGUGCCUGAGGUGGCUGUUUACCUAAAGGAGUCAGUGGGGAACUCCACACGCAUCGACUAUGGCACAGGACAUGAAGCAGCCUUUGCUGCUUUCCUCUGCUGCCUCUGCAAGAUCGGGGUGCUUCGGGUAGACGACCAAAUAGCCAUCGUCUUCAAGGUGUUUGAUCGGUACCUGGAGGUUAUGCGGAAACUCCAGAAGACAUACAGGAUGGAGCCAGCCGGCAGCCAGGGAGUGUGGGGCCUGGACGACUUUCAGUUUCUGCCCUUCAUCUGGGGCAGCUCGCAGCUGAUAGACCACCCGUAUUUGGAGCCCAGGCACUUUGUCGAUGAGAAGGCUGUGAAUGAGAACCACAAAGACUACAUGUUCCUGGAAUGUAUCCUGUUUAUCACUGAGAUGAAGACGGGCCCCUUUGCAGAGCACUCCAACCAGCUGUGGAACAUCAGCGCUGUGCCCUCCUGGUCCAAAGUGAACCAGGGUCUGAUCCGUAUGUACAAGGCCGAGUGCUUGGAGAAGUUUCCUGUGAUCCAGCACUUCAAGUUCGGGAGCUUGCUGCCCAUCCAUCCGGUCACCUCGUGCUAGGGGCUGAGCAGCCAGGGCCACCCAGGCUGCAGUUCUGUGCCUGCCCUCCCCUGCCCCAGCUCCGGUCACUCCCUGACCCCUCCCUCUGUUCUUUCUGUUUGCUGAGAGGCUGUCCGUUGGGGUGCGUGGUGAGCGUGGGGUUGAGGGAGGCCCAGGGCCUAAGGCUGAAGGACCCACAGUGAAGGGAGAAGUGACCACAGGGGGGCCCGUUUCCCCAUGGCGGGAGGCUGUGCUCGGGCCCCAGCCCCACGCUUGGCCUUCCUCGCCUUCCUCUCCUUCCUCUCCUGUCCCGUCCAGCGCAAGACCUGGGCUGGUCUGCACCACUGGGAGGGGAGGGGUUUGCGGUUUCCACUGCUUUCCUUUCCUAGGUCCUGUUGCCUUUUUAGGGGUUGGAGCAGUUGCUCCCCGUGGGGUGGGUCAGUUUCCUAAGCCAUGUUUGGGUGGGUGUCUGGGGUUCUGAAGCCUGGAGGAUGAGGCUGGUGGCCAGCCUCGGGGGGGAGUCGGGGACCAAGAAGCAUUGGGUGUUCUGGCCCGUGACCCUCCCAGCUUCUUUUCAGGGCUGCCCCCUGGGCCUGCGGCACCUGUGUCCAGCGCCUCAUCCUGGCUUCUCUGUUCUUUGACCUUUGGCUCUGCUGGGUUUUCUGGCCAUGGCCGCUCCUGUCGCCCUCUACAAGGGUGGCCUCUGGAAGCUGCCCUUUGGGUAGGCACUGGGUGCUGCUCACUGGCUGAUUGGUGAGGCCUGCCUUUCUAAAGUUUCUCAGGCUGGGAGGGGGUGGCAGAGACGCAGGGAGGGGCUGGGGCCCGCUGUGGUUGUGGGGAACCUGGAUUCCUCCGGAAUCUUAGGUUCUGCUCCCUCCUCCCUGCUGCUUGCUUCUCCAGGGCCCUUUGGCCCUGUUUCCCUGCCCUUCAGGGCAGUGGG